AUGAACCAUGUCAGACAAGCCCUUGUCUGGCUCCUGGAGAACCAACUUUAUGUCAAGGGAGAAAAAUGCAAAUUCCAUGUUCCAAAGAGCUCGUUUCUCGGUUAUAUCAUCAGCUCAGAAGAUGUAUACAUGGACCAAGAUAAAGUCACAGCCAUAACUAACUGGCCUGUCCCAACCACAGUAAAGGAGCUACAAAGGUUCCUGGGGUUUGCCAACUUUUACAGGAGGUACAUCAGGGGUUUCAGUAACAUUGCUUUACCAUUAACCUCCCUGCUCAAAAAGGGACCCAAAAAGCUGCACUGGAACCCCUCAGCUAACCAAGUAUUCAAAUGCCACGAGGAAGCUUUCACGUCGGCUCUGAUCCACAAACAUCCUGAUCCCUCCAGACCUUUCAUAGUGGAGAUGAACACUUCUGAAACUGGGGUGGGGGCUGGCUUGUCACAGAGAGUUGGAGAGAAACCCAAGCUCUACCCUGUGGCUUUCAAAGAAGCUAUCACCUGGUGUGCACAACUAUAA